AUGUCAUCUUUCCAACUUCAAAAUUCUGAGGUAUUGGCAAGGCUAAAGCCUUUUGGUAUAUCAUUCGAAAAAUCUUUAAAUGAUUUGAUCAAAGGAAUUAGAGCACAUUCAAAAGAAUCACCAGAAAGUUUAGCUAAAUUUUUAGAUGUUGCAAUUCAAGAAUGUAAAGCUGAAUUAUACACCACAGACCUUGAAACUAAAGCAAUGGCAAUUUUAAAAUUGAGUUAUUUAGAAAUGUAUGGAUUUGACAUGUCAUGGUGUAAUUUUCAAGUGUUGGAAGUAAUGUCUUCAUCCAGAUUUCAACAAAAGAGAAUUGGAUAUUUAGCAGCUAUACAAAGUUUUAAAAAUGAACAAGAAUUAUUGAUUUUAGCAACCAAUCAAUUCAAAAAAGAUUUAAACUCAUCACAACAUGUUGAAGUUGGAUUAGCAUUGAGUGGGAUAGCGACAAUUGUAACACCAAAUUUAUCAAAAGAUAUAAAUGAUGAUGUAUUAAUGAAAUUGAAUCAUUCAAAGCCAUAUAUUAGGAAAAAAGCAAUACUAGCGCUUUACAAAAUCUUUUUACAAUACCCGGAUAGUCUAAGAAUGAAUUUUCAUAGAGUAAUUGAAAAAUUAGACGAUUCUGAUGUUUCAGUAGUAAGUGCCACAAUCAAUGUUAUAUGUGAGUUAUCCAAAAAGAACCCAAAGAUUUUCCUUAAUUAUCUACCUAAAUUUUUCGAAAUACUAGAAGAAACUAAAAACAAUUGGUUGAUUAUAAGAAUAUUAAAGUUAUUUCAAAGUUUGUCCAAAAUUGAACCAAGAAUGAAGAAAAAAAUCUUACCAGCAAUAAUGGAUCUAAUGUUAAGAACUCAGGCAUCAUCAUUAGUUUAUGAAUGUAUCAAUUGUGCAGUCAAUGGUCAAAUGUUAUCACCGGAAUCUUAUAAAGACAGAGAAACUGCUAAAAUUUGUAUAGAUCAAUUAAUGUCAUUUUUUAAAACUAAAGAUUCAAAUUUAAAAUUUGUUGGUUUACUUGCAUUGAUAAAUAUUUUAAAGAUAUUCCCCGUUUUUUUGCAUAAAAUAGAUGGUGUGUCUAUAGUUAUUAUGGAUUGUCUUAAUGAUUCUGAUUUGAUAAUUAAAAGAAAAGCUUUGGAAGUAUCAAAUUAUUUGGUGAAUGAAGAUAAUAUUGUUGAAGUUGUAAAAGUCAUGUUACUUCAAUUAGUUCCAGAAGAAACUAUAGUGGAUGAAUCAUUGAAAUUAGAGAUUACAAUGAAAAUUUUACAAAUAGCUUCAAAAGAUAAUUACAGUAACAUCCCAAACUUUAAAUGGUACGUGGCUGUUUUAAAAGAUGUCUUGAAUUUAACCUUAUUACCUACAUCAUCAUCAGAAGUUUCUUCCGAAGUGGGUGAUAUAAUUGCACUUGAACUUGGUAAAGAAUUUAAAACACUUGCCACUAAAGUUCCAUCAAUAAGAUCUACAAUAUUACAAAAAAUCAUAAUAGAAGCAGUUUUGGACGAAAGCAUAAUACAAAUUUGUCCUAUCAUACUUCGAGAUGUUUAUUGGAUUUUAGGAGAAUAUAUUGACGAGGUAAAAGUGGGUGUAAGUGACGACGAUGAAGUGGAAAUUGAAGAUGAAGAUUUAGUUGUAUCGAUGGGGAAGAAACUUCAAAUUUUUAAUAGUUUAAUUAAUUACAAAAUUGAUGAAAAACUUGGUAAUGAAUCAAACGCAAAAUUUCCAAUAUCCGUUGCAUUAAUAAAAUUAAAUCGUCCAGAAGUUUUAUGUGUUUUGAUUCAAGCUUUGGUCAAAUUGUAUAAUGGUAUUGUUAAUGAUUAUACAAGAGCCUACUCAAAUAAUGAUGAAUUUUCCUUGGAAAGAUUUAAUGAGUUAAGUUACCAUUUAUAUAAAUUGAUUGAAUUUUUUAGUUGUUGGGAGAAACAUCAAAAUUAUGAAGUUCAAGAAAGAGUUCUUUCUUGGUUGGAAUUUCUAAAAGUUGCACAUGAAGCAAUGACUGGAGAUGAUUUGAGUGCUAUUAAAAACCUUCAAGCUAAGGAAUUAUCAUUGCUUAAUAAUGAUGGAGAUGAUGAUCAAGAUUCUGUGGACUCGAGCGAUGAAGACUCUGAUGAUAAUGAAUUUGAUUCGGACUCUAGCUCAAGCGAGGAUGAUGUUGAAGACAAUGAAUAUGAGAAUUUAGUAUCUGACGAUGAAGAACCAAAACUCAAAAAUACAGACCAAGAAUUUGAAACCAAUCCUUUUGCAAGUAAUGAAAAUCAUAAUGGAUUAUCUGAACCAAAAAAAUUACCAGCAUUAAUUAGUCAUGUUUUACCUUCAUUUUUCAAGGCUUAUUCAUUAAAUCCUGUGGCUAAGAAUUCACAAUUGAAAAUACCAAUACCUGAAGAUUUAGAUUUAGACUCAAAUAUAAAUGAUACAACAGAAGAAAUUAAUCAAUUUGAAACUGAUGAAGCAGAUACUUACAACUUAUAUAUAUCAGAAUCUGAAUUAAAUGAAGAACCUUUAAUACAAUUAUCAAGUGAAGAUGAAAAUAAAAUUAGAUCAACAGAAAGGCUUGAAAAUGUGAGUCCAUAUUAUUUAAAUACUAAUACUACAUCCAAAAAGAAAAAGCAAGAGAAAACAAGUUUAAUAAAUACUGGUUCUGAAAGUCCAAACAGUGUCAAAAGCUUUCCCAUUGAAAAUGCACCAAAGAAGAAGAAAAAAGUGUCAAAAUUACAAAAAGAGAAAGUUAUCAUUUUAGGAGAAGAAACGAUUGAUGGUACACCUUCAAUAGAGGAACCGGUAAUAGAAAAGAAAAUAAAACCUAAAAGCAAAAGUUCUUUCAAGAUUGAUUCAUCAAAUUUGGAUAAUUUUGAUUUUGAUUCAUCAGCUAUUGAGUCUUCACCAAUUGAUAUAGAGGAGCUAAGAGAUAAAUUAAGUGAAAAGAAGAAGAAGAAGAAAAAAGAUGAAUCAAAAGAUAAACCAGAAGAAUCACGAACAACAAAUGGUACCCAUAUUAAUGAACCAACCAUUGUCACAGUCAAAACAAAGAAGAAAAAGCCGAAAAAAAAAGCAGUAAUUAUUGAAUAG